GUGAUCUCGGAGCGAAAGCGUGAAGCGCAGCUCGCAAGCUGGGCUUCAGUGUUGAGCGGAGAGCAGACAUGGCAACUACAACAGCAGAAGCAGAGACUCGGCAGAGGCUGCUGCGAAACGUCAUGAGGGAGGUUAAGCAGAUCGUGGAGGAAGCAGUCACAAGGAAGUUUGUGCAUGAAGACAGCAGCCGUAUUGUCUCAUUCUGUGCUGCCGUUGAAGCAUGCAUUCUUCAUGGUCUGAAGCGGAGAGCUGCUGGUUUCCUACGAAGCAACAAGAUAGCGGCGCUCUUCACCAAAGUGGCCAAGAGUUUCCCUCCAGCUGAGGAGCUAUGCAAAAAAGCCCACGAGCUGGAGCUGGUCUUUGAGAGCAAACGAAGCCAGUCUUUGUCAUACAGCGAGAGCACUCGUAAGAUGCCCAAGGUCCCAAACUUUACUCCUCAGGCUGCCAGACACGUGUGGAUCCACACCGCACUCAUCGAAAAGGUGCUGGACAAGAUUGUGCUGUACCUGGUGGAAAACAGCAGCAAGUUUUACGAGAAAGAAGCCAUCCUAAUGGACCCUGUGGAUGGCCCGAUCCUCGCCUCUUUGUUAGUGGGUCCUUGUGCUUUGGAGUACACUAAAAUGAAGACGGCAGAUCAUUUCUGGACGGAUCCGUCAGCCGAUGAGUUGGUGCAAAGGCAUCGUAUUCACAGUGGCCACUGCAGACAAGACUCUCCUAUUAAGAGACCCGCCCUUUGUAUUCAGAAGAGACACUCCAGUAGCAGUAUGGAUGAAAGACCCUCUCCUUCACCCUCUGCGCGGGACUACGUGGAGUCUCUUCAUCAGAAUUCCAGAGCGACCCUCCUGUUCGGCAAAAAUAACGUGCUGGUGCAGCCGAGGGACGAUAUGGAAGCAAUCCCAGGAUACCUCUCUUUGCACCAGACGGCUGACAGCAUGACUCUGAAAUGGACGCCAAAUCAGCUAAUGAACGGCUCCAUGGGGGAUCUCGACUACGAGAGGAGUGUGUACUGGGACUACGCCAUGACUAUCUGCCUGGAGGAGAUUGUGUACUUGCACUGUCAUCAGCAGGUGGACUGCGGUGGAACAGCGGUUCUGGUUAGUAAAGAUGGGAUCCAAAGACCCCCACUUCGUUUUCCUCGCGGUGGUCACCUCCUUCAGUUUCUCUCCUGUCUGGAAAAUGGUCUGCUGCCUCACGGCCAGUUGGACCCUCCGCUUUGGUCCCAGAGAGGGAAGGGCAAAGUAUUUCCUAAACUAAAGAAGAGAUGUACACAGGGAUCUUCAGACUCGGUCUCAGACAAAGAAGAGGAAGAGGCAACCGAUUACGUCUUCCGCAUUGUGUUCCCAAACAGCAAAUCAGAAUUCGUGGCACCAGAGUUGAUGGAUCAGGGAGCAAACAUGUGGCAUCCCACGCCAAGGAAAUCAUCCUGUUCUUCUUGCUCACGGAGUAGUUUCUCUGAUGGAGGACCACCCAAUGGCUGCAAUCAUGAGAGGGCCCCUCUGAAGUUGCUAUGCGACAAUAUGAAGUCCCAAAUCAUCUCCAGGGCAUUCUAUGGAUGGCUGGCGUACUGUCGUCACCUGUCCACGGUACGCACUCACCUGUCUGGCCUUGUCAAUCACGCUAUCGUGGAGCCAGAUGUGCCCACCGAUGGUUACAAAGGACUCACGACGGAAGUGUGGAUGAAGUUUCUUCAGGACUGCAGUACCUGUGAGGAAAAGGAGCUUCUGCGGCUUGUUUAUUUUGGUGGAGUUGAACCGUCUUUGCGUAAGGAAGUCUGGCCUUUCCUGCUGGGUCAUUACCAAUUUGGGAUGUCUGAGGCAGAGAGAAACGAGGUGGAUGAGCAGAUGCGAGCGUGCUAUGAGCAGACCAUGAGCGAGUGGCUGGGCUGUGAGGCCAUUGUUAAGCAGAGAGAGAAAGAACAGCACGCCGUGGCUUUAGCCAAGUGUUCUUCUGGUGCAAGUAUGGACGGCAGCACACACAGAAUAUUGCACAGAGCCUCCACUCUCAGUAAUGAGUCUUCACAGAGCUGUACUUCAGGCCGACAAGGAGAUUCCAGGUUGCAGAGUGACUCCAGCAGCAGCACACAGGUCUUCGAGUCCGUCGAAGAGGUGGACCAGAUCGAAACAGAGCCCAAGAGCGAUGCUGUCAAACAGGUCCCCAAAAUCUCAAACGGAACAUCCCAGAACGGCACGAGUUCUCCAGACUCCGGUCACCCCUCUUCCAGAAACUUCUCCGUUACAUCUGGCCAGUCAGAUUCUAUAAGCACAGAGGACAGCGGGUUACACGAGCCGAACCUUAAAGCGCCACAGCUGCCCGCACACAGCCCAACAAAGCCCAAUCAAAAUGCAGAUCAAAGUGACUUGACCAAAAUGGAAAUGGGUGCUUUAGAUGGGGAAAUGCAGACACGGCGAACUGAGCAAGAUGUUUUAAAAGCAACGCAGACAAAGAUGGAUGAAAAUCAGGUGGAAAUGAACUCUGAGAUCAGUGUUACAGAGUCACAAAGGGCAUUAAAAUCAACUGCUGCUGAACAAACACACGAGAAGGUUGUUCAAAAGAAGACCGCAAACAAAGACAGGACCGCACCUGUGGUGGAAGAGACUGUCGUCCCAUUGGUGCAGGAGGCUUUCAGCAGGAGAGAGAUGAGUGAAGUCCAAGCCCCAGACGAAUCGGACGAGUCUCCCUCUGCCAUCGAAAUGGAGGACAUUCCUACAGCUAUUGUUUGCAUGGCCUGGAAAUCUCCGUCCAAGACAAGUGUGCAGACAAUUGUGCCCUUACUGCAGCUCGGGCUGGAGGAGAAGACCAGCUCUGAAGAACCGGUUUCUGUCCCGUCUGAAGAGCCGGGGAUGGAGAAUAUCUGCCCUCAGCUUGAUUCACUCACAGUGAACGCGGAGAAGAACGAAGUUACCUCUCCAGUUUCCUCAGUAGGGACCACAUAUUCUCAAGAGCUUUUGGACAUGUACACUCUGAACCUGCAUCGCAUCGAUAAAGAUGUUCAGCGCUGUGACCGAAAUUACUGGUACUUCACACCUGCUAACCUGGAGAAACUGCGCAAUAUUAUGUGCAGUUAUGUUUGGCAACACCUUGAAAUCGGAUAUGUCCAGGGCAUGUGUGACCUACUAGCUCCUUUGCUUGUUAUUCUAGAUGAUGAGGCAAUGGCUUUUAGUUGUUUUACUGAACUAAUGAAAAGAAUGAAUCAAAACUUUCCCCAUGGAGGUGCCAUGGAUACCCAUUUUGCCAACAUGAGAUCCCUCAUACAGAUUUUAGAUGCCGAGUUGUUUGAGUUGAUGCAUCAAAAUGGUGAUUACACACACUUCUACUUCUGCUAUCGCUGGUUUCUUCUCGACUUUAAAAGAGAGUUGGUAUACGAUGAUGUGUUCGAGGUUUGGGAGGUCAUCUGGGCUGCCAAGGCCGUCUCCUCCAGCCAUUUUGUGCUCUUCAUCGCUCUCUCGUUGGUGGAGAUAUACAGAGACAUCAUUCUAGAGAACAACAUGGACUUCACAGACAUCAUCAAGUUUUUCAAUGAAAUGGCCGAGCAUCACAAUAUCAAGCAAAUUCUGACUCUGGCACGAGAUCUGGUGUGCAAAGUACAGACACUUAUAGAGAACAAGUAAUUCCAAACUUCAAGUAAUUCCAAACUUCUCACCUCUGUUUUUACUCGUGUUCCCAUCGUAUCCCAUCAGCCCCUUCACAAAACAAUGGGAAACAUUUGGCCAAAUCUUAUUGAACGAAAAGUAUAUGGGUAGGUAUCAUAGCAUUGCUAAUGCUAAAAAUCCUGCUCAACCUGAAAUCAGUCAGCGUGCAGUUCUUUUAUAGAGCCAUCUGGCUCUCUUGUCAGGUUUUACUGAACAUCAGUCACAGUACAUAAAACUUUAUGAAUCAUUUGAUGCUGCUAAUGAGAUGAUGAUGAUUCACUCCGUGACACAUGAUUUUACAGUAUGUCUCUUUAAAAUACAUUGAGAAUCAUACGCUGGUGACUUACAGUGUCCUUAGACGUUCUGGUCUGAUGUAUUUUAUUUUUAAGGGGCGGUUACAGUAGAUUCUGUGGUCCCGUCACCUCCAUUCAUAUGCAUACAUGUGAGAGAGUAAGACAGCAUGCAUAUGCGUAGUAUUGUCGUCUUUUGCAGUGUACCAAAGGGAUGGUGAACUCUACAUCUCAACCUCACUGACUAACCAGUUUUAAUAGUUUACAAGAAUGUGAACUUAAACCGAAAGAGGAACUUGGAUUUGGAAGUAGACAUUUUAAAGUACUUGUAUUUAUUAACUAUUUAUUCAAAUCAGACUGCCGUGUCUGAAGAAAGUGGGGAAGUUUUGCAUGCUUAAUGUAGUGUGACCAGCCCUUCAAGCCCAUGUAAACCUGCCCACUUUGUUAGUAUUCUGUACUCUGAUUUGCCACUUAUUAUCAGUUACUGUCCUGUAGCAGUAGGGGUCACUCUACUUUCAGUGUUCGGACCGUUUUUUGCUAAACCAUUGUCUUAUACUGUGAGUUGUUACACUGAAUCAAAUCAGGUUAUUGUAUCGCGCAGUAUGUUCUCAAGGAACACAAAAACCGUGUUUUCUCUUUGUAUUUGAAUUGAUCAGAAUUGAUUAAUGACAUGGGUUUUCCAUAUUUUCUGUAAUGUUUGAGUCAGUACUGUGUUUCAGUGCAAUAGUCUUACGCUUUCAAUCACCUUUGGCAUUGAGAUUAAUUUUUACAUUUUUCAUCUGUGCUUGAAUGUGUUUGUUUGUGAGUGUGUGUGUGUGUGUGGACUUAGACAACUCACAAUCACUACUGCGAGGCCUUGUCUGCUUGAUGUAUUCCUGCUGUUUGUGAACUGUACAGAAAAAUUGCUAUAUUAUUGCUAUAUUUAUUAUAUGGAAAGAAUCUAUAUUAUUAACUGCAGUGUAAUCCGUAAAAUAUUUUAGAAUAGACAUUUGAUAUUUAGACAAAUUAAAAUCAUCAUGUUCUUAUUUAUUUUUGAUUGGAAUUGAUUGUUCAACCAAACUAUCCUUUGCUGUAGCUCUGUCCCUCUUUUUUUGCAUUAGCAUAUUUUCUCUUAACAUUUAUUUCAAUACCUUGUAACACAAUGAAGUAUUGAUCCUAUGAUGGAAAAUUACAGGUCUGAUAAGUAAUCUAAGGCUAAAAUUAUAUUUCAGGUAAGAAAAGUGAAAGUGCAACAAAUCAAUCAUGUACACAUGUUAUAAUUGUAUUUUAGAAACCACCUCUUUGAAGUAUAAGUCUGGGUUUCCUUAUUUGAAAGUUACAGAAGAAAUAUUUCUUUCAUUAAUAUUUCAUCUUGGUGUGUUCAGACAUGAGCAGUGUUUUAUCAUUGUCCUGCAUUGCUUCUGUCUGAUUUAUCAAUUAGCAAAAUGUGUUCUGAAAGCAGUCAAUUCAGUUCAGUUGUUACAUACAUGUAUUUAUUUAAAUCUGAAUGUAUGCAUUUUGUCUCUGCUUUUAUAUGUUCUUGCUACACUGUGGACCAUUAUUAUAAAAAAGUGUUUCAUUCUAAAUGUAUAUUAAACGGUAAAUGUAUUGAUUGGAAAAUGAAAUGGAAUUGUUAUUUUUCCAACAAAUCUAAUAAUAU